AGCGGAGAAUAACGGCUGUGUCUGCUCUGUGAUUGGUCACGCAUUUCUCACUCCGAGCGGAGCAUCUUCUUUUUACUGAACAGCUCACUUCCGUGUUCGCUGUAAGGCUGUAACCUAACGGGGCAUUUCAUCUUUUCGCAAAACAUUCACCAGAUCAAGAAUAUUCCCAUUGAGCUACAAAAUCUCAAAGAGAACAAGACAAAACAACCAACAAUAAAACGUGUCACCUCCAGGAUGGCCAUGGUAAAGAGUGGAUGGCUCCAUCGACAGAGCACCAUCCUGCGCCGCUGGAAAAGAAACUGGUUUGACUUGUGGUCCGACGGACGUCUCAUCUUCUACAACGAUCAACAAAGGCGCGACAUGGAGGACGACAUCCACAUGAGGGUGGACUGCAUCAACAUCCGCAACUCUGCCGCGUGUCAAGAGCUGAACCCUCCGGAGGGGAAGACGCGUGACGCUCUGCUGCAGAUCGUGUGCAGAGACGGACGAGUGAUCAGCCUGUGUGCAGACAGUGCUGAUGAUGCUCUGGCAUGGACCAUGGCCCUGCAGGACGCCAGAGUGAAUGCGGUGGUAGCUACUCCUCAGAUUGGCUUUGCUCAGGAAGCCAUCGCGUCUGCUCCUCCUCCGUACUCAGAGUACGCUCCUCCAGCUCAGCAGGUUUAUGCUCCGGGCCCGUACGGAGAGUACGUCCCAUCUCCAUCACACGCCACGCAGAUCAUGUACUCCGCUGACGGACAGCCCUACGCCGUGGCCUAUCCGUACCAGUACCAAGGUGGGUACGCCGCUCCUGGAAUGAACCACGUUGUGGUCCGGGAGCGUCAACGUGAGGACGGAGGCGACGUGGCGUUGGGGAUGCUCGCCGGAGCAGCGACCGGUUUGGCGCUGGGCUCUCUCUUCUCUGUCUUCUAAUAUUUAUUCACCUCUCUGAAUGUGUGUGUGUGUGUGUGUGUGUGUGUGUGUGUGUGUGUGUGUGUGUGUGUGUGUGUGUGUGUGUGUGUGUGUGUGUGUGUGUGUGUGUGUGUAUGUGUGUGUGUGCGCGCACGUGUGUGUGUUUGUGUGUUCAGCGUUUGGCUUCCUCUCUGUGCCGUCACAUGAGUCGGAGUGAAAUGUGUCUGUAAGGCGACCUCCAUCUAUGAAGCAUGAUUGUGAUGGGCAGUGGAUUACUCCCUGUGUGUCCUAUAUACAGAUAUUUAAAGUAAAUACUGUUAGCACUUUCUCAUAAGCCCCGCCCCCCUUGUGUUGUCUGAAUAUGAAUGUUAUUAACCAAAAAAAACAACAAUUACUCACUUUUAACGACAGAAACACUCCUCUACGUACACUCCAGCUCCUGGCACAUUCCUCCUCCUGCAGAUUUCUGGUGUGUUUGUUUUUUACCUGGUUUGUGUUGAUCCGUGUUCUCUGCCUUCACUGUGUCUCUUGUGUUUCCUGUCUUUUUAAACAUGCAGUGUUUCUUCAGCUCCUCAGGUUAUUUGUGUUGAGGCAGGCUGAAACAGACGAGUGAACAGUAUGAUAAACCAUUCAGACAUCCAGUCAGCACCAUUUCAGUCUUCACCUGUAGACACAAUAUUUAAUCUUGUAAAAAUGUCAGUUUGACGUGUUUGAAUAAUAAAUGUAAGAAGAGAAAUGACAUUCCAGCUUCUCAAAAUGAUGAACUGAGUAAUAGUAUUCACGAGAAAGAACAACAAAUAAAAACAUCUAUGAAUAUUUCAAUAUGAUUAAAAAAUGAUGUGAUGAUAAGAUAUAAAAUUUAACAUUUCAGUCACAUUAACGUUUGACAGAUAAUCCAGCUUUGUCACCAAACGCUCUGUAAUUAUUUUGAUUAUCGAGGCAUAAUGUUAAAAACAUCUACAAGAAAUGGAAAAUACUGUUUUGAAUAUCCAGAAACUAAACAGUAAAAGUAACUAAAAUAAAAUAUUUCAACAUUUUAAGAUCUAUUUUUUAACUUUUGAGCUGCAGCAAUAAUAAUCAGAAUUAACAUAUAAAAAUUAAAUAUAAACAAUGAAAGUAUUCGUAUUCUGUUUAACCAUAGUCUGAUUUUUUUAGAUGCUCCAGUAUUUUCCGUCUGUUACUAUUUUAUAACAAACAUCUAAUUGGAUUUAUUUUGUACACGUAGAAAUCAAUUUUCAAAAACUAUAAAGUAAGAACAAGAGAAAAAGUAGAUACUAAUGAUGUACACAGUUUCAAUAUAUCACUGUUAUCAUGAUUAUCGGUUUUGAAAAGAAAGAAUUAAGUUGUGAAAUCAUUUAUUGAAAUUCAUUGAGUCAGAAUUUGAUUAAUGACACGGUGAACAAGGUUUAAAAACAAGACUAAAUGAUAAUGAAACUGAGUUUGAGAAGAAGUGGAUGAUAAAAAAACAAAAACAUCUUGACUUUUGAGAGAUUCAUUUUUGAUAUCUUUAAAGCUCCUGUGAGGAACUUUUAGUGUAUGUUGAUUUUGGCGCCCCUUGUGGACAAAGUGGUGCAACUUUGCAGAAUCUUACCCUGCUUUAUUUCAACACUCACUGGAAAGUUCUGCCAUGAGGAAUGUGAACAAUGUCUGUUUCAGCAGUUAGCUUGUUUGUCUGAUACAUCAAAAAUAACUCAAUAUGAUAAUCAAUAUCAAUACUGAUAGCUUGGUUUGCUUUUAUAGGUCAUAUAAAUGCGUCAGUCUGUUUCGUAACCAGCUACAAAAUCUGGACAGUAGCUUUCAUUUAAGGUCUCUUAUUCUCAAAAUUACAACAUUUAUAUUCUGAUGAAGAACUUCAAAACAUUCAAACCAUCUAUAGAUAAAUGAUGGUGGAGUUUAUGAAGAAGUUAAUGGUAAAAAAUUAAUACUUUCUGUUACAGAUCUUUUUAACUCCUGAGAAAUAAACUGUAGAUAUCUGUUUUUAGGGUUUCUACAAGUCAAUUUAUGUAUUAAGUAUAUUUAAAAACAGCUACUGUUGACCAAAACAGCUGGAUUAAAAUCUGAGUAGAAUACUAAAUAAAAUGAAGGAAUAAACAGAUAAACGUCAGAGCUCCAUCAUGAGUUUGUCGACGUGAUGUUUGUAUGUAGUUUUCGUUAAAGCCGCUGACUGAAUGUUGAAGGGCUGAACGUAUGCACACACAUAAAGCAAUAAUAACUCAUACUGUACACUCGGAGGAGUCCGGCUGAAUCAAUGUUUGAACUUAAAACACAAAUAGUUCCACGUUUGAGGAAACACUGACGUGUGAUGUGCUUUAAAGUGAAAAGGGACGUCUCACUCCUCCCUGAAAUAUGUGCAUGCUUUAUUUAAGGUCAUUAUUUCACGGGCAGCUUUUCAGAUCAGUCUUAUGAUUUAAUUUGAAACAUGUUGAAGUGUUUUUUUUAUUUGUUGUGUUUCAGUUUGGUGCAGUAAAAACUCCUAUUGGGUUCAUUCUUCUGUUGGGUUUCAAAGGCAUGGACGUUCAUUUCAGCAUCAGUGUUCUGUGAUAUCUAAUCUCUCCUCUGCUCUGUAAACUAUAUCUACUCUAACUGAAACAUACGGAGCUCCCCCUGGUGUCAGCUGAGGAAAAACUUUAAUAAUCUGUCCUCUGGGUUUACAGGUCAGUGAGGGUCUGUGGGAAUGGUUUCGUGACGGUUCCCAAACAUUUCAGUCCACAAACCCCAUAAAAAUAACACUCCCAGAAAACGGCGACCCACGCUGCCCCUUGAGGUGGCUCACAGCUUCACAGAGCGCUAAUAUGCGAAAAUCAGAUAGAAAAGCACAACAAAAAUCACAGCUAAGACGUGAUGCUAUUUACCGUAGGGCUGUUGAUGAUUUCGACAGUUAACUCACUAUUAAUCGCACUUUUUUGUUGUUGUUGUAAAAGUAACUUAAAGGGAUAUUUUCUGCCAAAGAAAAGCAAAAAAGUGAAGAAUUGUUCUUUUAUUGCAUGUUUUUAUUCUAAGUUAAAGUACUAUUGUUUAUAGUUUUUCACAGUAAAGGAUUAAAUAUGCAGUUUUGAAUAACUUGAACAUUUUAUGUGUUUUCUGAAAGGCAUCUUGCGACCCCCUCAAUGGUACCCCCCAAAUCCCAAAGUGGGGCUAGCGUCCCGACCCCCAUUUUGUGGACCACUGUGACCCAGAGGAUGGACUUGCUUCAUAGACCCUUUUAUGAACAGUGGGCACGGAAUUGUAAACUCGGUUAACAGAAUUGUAACUAUGCGCACGGUUUCGUAAACCACGUGAACUGAGCUGUAAACUGUGGGGACCGUUUCGUAGACGCAGCUUUGUUCUUCACGGGAUGAGGAACGGAUCAUUUUUGUGGUGACCACAUCCACCAAGUCAUCUGUAUUUAUCUGGACUUUGGAGUACAUUUAGAACUUUAUUAUCUUGCAUGGGGCUUCUCCCACGUGGUCCCUUCCUCAUUCUCUGAAGUUAGACAUCAUGUGUACAAAUUCGUGCCCACAGAUUACAAACCAGCAUGCACGGAUUAUCACGGGGGGCUCCGUAGAAACACAAGUCUCAGCUCAACAGAAUUCAUUCCUAGUUAUUAUUACAGACACUAAUAUUCCUCGAGUAUUACCGAAUGAUUUCAGCACAUUAUCAGCUUGUGUGAGCAGCGUAACGUUGAUGUCUUUUUCUACAGGUCUUGAACUAUUUAAAGACGUGACAUGAACCUGUUAUACUCCUCUUAAUCCAAUGUACUAAGGACGUUAUUAUCCUCCCUGCAUUUCAAAUGAAAAUGUAUUUUAACAAUUAAAUAUAUUCACAAGCAAAA